CCAUGUCCUCUGCCCACACUGCAACUAUUCAAGACAGUGGCAGAGUCAGCCUGUUGUAGGAAGUACCCCCGUCGGCAACCUACACCUGUCAGCGGCAACAUAUUUCACCGGUUCAUCCUUUAUCCAACUGGAAAAGAUAUGCAAGGCCAUGAAUCUUCAGAUUUUCCAGUAUGACACCUUCAGGAGGCAUGCUAGGAGUUUUCUGGAGCCAGCCAUAAUCCACAAAUGGAAGACGGAUCAGCAACAUCUUUUUCAAAAGUUACAGCAUGGAGGAAAGAUUGGAGUCAGUGGAGAUAUGCGAGCUGACUCCCCAGGGCACUCAGCAAAGUAUGGGAGCUACACACUGAUGCACCUAGACAGUAACCGCAUUAUUGACCUUCAGCUUGUUCAGAGCAAUGAAGUAGGUGGUAGUUACCACAUGGAGAAGGAGGGCCUUAAACGCUGCCUGGAUCUACUGGAUUCAAACGGUUUGGUGAUGGACUACAUUGUCACCGACCGUCAUCCACAGAUCCAGAAGUAUCUGAGGGAGCGCAGCAUCACCCACUUCUAUGAUGUGUGGCACUUUGAGAAAGGUUUGUCAAAGAAACUUGAAAAAGUUGCGCAAAACAAGGACUGCGGGGUGUUGAAAAAGUGGCUGCGUAGCAUCAAAAGCCAUGUCUACUGGAGUGCAACAUCGUCAACAUCAGGGCCAGAGAAGGUAGCCAAGUGGAUGUCGAUUGUCAACCACAUCCAGAACGUGCACUUGCAUGAAAACCCUCUUUUCCCUAAGUGCCAACAUCCUGAUCGAGUGUCAAGGGAUCCAAGUAAAUGGUUUCAACCAGGUAUGUAAACAAAAUGUGACUAA